UCUCCCUGGCAGCGAACCACUGAAGCCUAAACUGAGAUAAUUCUUCAUCCUCGGGGGCUUCUCAGGUAGUCAGUGUCUCCUCGUGCUGCCCAAUCGCUAGGAUACGCCUGUGUGUGGGGGGAAAAUCACACUGGUUUGGGGUGAUGUCACACUGGCUGAGAUGACAUCUAGCAGCGGGAAACCCGACAGCCUACAGACGCCGGUAAACCACCUCGGAGAGUGCUGAGUAGAGGGGGCCGGAGAAUCCGGUCCCCACACACAGUUCACGCUGGCUCCCCACGGAGGCCCACCGGCUCCUGCGGCCCGCAGCACGAAGCAAUGAUCCCGAUCCCGACCGGCCCGCUCCUCCGCACUUCCGCCUCAGUAUGGCAUCACAGCUGCAGGUGUUUUCCCCCCCAUCAGUGUCGUCGAGUGCCUUCUGCAGUGCGAAGAAACUGAAAAUAGAGCCCUCUGGCUGGGAUGUUUCAGGACAGAGCAGCAACGACAAAUAUUAUACCCACAGCAAAACCCUCCCAGCCACACAAGGGCAAGCCAGCUCCUCUCACCAGGUAGCAAAUUUCAAUAUUCCUGCUUACGACCAGGGCCUCCUCCUCCCAGCUCCUGCAGUGGAGCAUAUUGUGGUAACAGCUGCUGAUAGCUCAGGCAGUGCCGCUACGGCAACCUUCCAAAGCAGCCAGACCCUGACUCACAGGAGCAACGUUUCUUUGCUUGAGCCAUAUCAAAAAUGUGGAUUGAAAAGAAAAAGUGAGGAAGUCGACAGCAACGGUAGUGUGCAGAUCAUAGAAGAACAUCCCCCUCUCAUGCUGCAAAACAGAACUGUGGUGGGUGCUGCUGCCACGACCACCACUGUGACCACGAAGAGCAGUAGUUCUAGCGGAGAAGGGGAUUACCAGCUGGUCCAGCAUGAGAUUCUCUGCUCUAUGACCAACAGCUAUGAAGUCUUGGAGUUCCUAGGCCGAGGGACAUUUGGACAGGUGGCAAAGUGCUGGAAGCGGAGCACCAAGGAAAUUGUGGCGAUUAAGAUCUUGAAGAACCACCCCUCCUAUGCCAGACAAGGACAGAUUGAAGUGAGCAUCCUUUCCCGCCUAAGCAGUGAAAAUGCUGAUGAGUAUAAUUUUGUCCGUUCUUACGAGUGUUUUCAGCACAAGAAUCACACCUGCCUUGUGUUUGAGAUGUUGGAGCAGAACUUGUAUGAUUUCCUAAAGCAGAACAAGUUCAGCCCGCUGCCACUCAAGUACAUCAGGCCAAUCUUGCAGCAGGUGGCCACAGCCUUGAUGAAGCUGAAGAGUCUGGGUCUGAUUCAUGCGGACCUCAAACCUGAAAACAUAAUGCUGGUUGAUCCAGUUCGCCAGCCCUACCGAGUGAAGGUCAUUGACUUUGGUUCUGCUAGUCACGUUUCCAAAGCUGUGUGUUCAACCUACCUGCAGUCACGCUACUACAGAGCCCCGGAAAUUAUUCUUGGAUUACCAUUCUGUGAAGCUAUUGACAUGUGGUCACUGGGCUGUGUGAUAGCGGAGCUGUUCCUGGGAUGGCCUCUUUAUCCUGGUGCUUCAGAGUACGAUCAGAUUCGUUAUAUUUCACAAACACAAGGCCUGCCAGCUGAAUAUCUUCUCAGUGCUGGAACCAAAACAACCAGGUUCUUCAACAGAGAUCCUAAUUUGGGGUACCCACUGUGGAGGCUAAAGACACCUGAAGAACAUGAAUUGGAGACUGGAAUAAAGUCAAAAGAAGCCCGAAAGUACAUUUUUAACUGCUUAGAUGACAUGGCUCAGGUAAAUAUGUCUACGGACUUAGAGGGAACAGACAUGUUGGCAGAGAAGGCAGAUCGGAGAGAAUACAUUGAUCUCUUAAAGAAGAUGCUGACAAUUGAUGCAGAUAAGAGAAUCACCCCUCUGAAGACUCUUAACCAUCAGUUUGUGACAAUGACUCACCUUCUGGAUUUUCCACACAGUAACCAUGUUAAGUCUUGUUUCCAGAACAUGGAGAUCUGCAAGCGGAGGGUUCACAUGUAUGACACAGUGAGUCAGAUCAAGAGUCCCUUCACUACACAUGUUGCUCCAAAUACAAGCACAAAUCUAACCAUGAGCUUCAGCAACCAGCUCAACACAGUGCACAAUCAGGCCAGUGUUCUAGCUUCCAGUUCUACUGCAGCAGCUGCUACCCUUUCUCUGGCUAAUUCAGAUGUCUCACUGCUAAACUACCAGUCAGCUUUGUACCCAUCGUCUGCUGCACCAGUUCCUGGAGUUGCCCAGCAAGGUGUUUCUUUACAACCUGGAACCACCCAGAUCUGUACUCAGACAGAUCCGUUCCAACAAACUUUUAUAGUGUGUCCACCUGCUUUCCAGACUGGACUGCAAGCAACAACAAAACAUUCUGGAUUCCCUGUGAGGAUGGAUAAUGCUGUGCCAAUUGUACCCCAGGCGCCUGCUGCUCAGCCACUACAGAUACAGUCAGGAGUACUUACUCAGGGAAGCUGUACACCACUAAUGGUAGCAACUCUCCACCCUCAAGUAGCCACCAUCACACCGCAGUAUGCGGUGCCCUUUACCCUGAGCUGCGCAGCCGGCCGGCCGGCGCUGGUUGAACAGACUGCUGCUGUACUGCAAGCCUGGCCUGGAGGAACACAACAAAUUCUCCUACCUUCAACUUGGCAGCAGUUGCCCGGGGUGGCUCUACAUAACUCUGUCCAGCCUACAGCAGUGAUUCCAGAGGCCAUGGGGAGCAGCCAGCAGCUAGCAGACUGGAGGAAUGCCCACUCUCAUGGCAACCAGUACAGCACUAUCAUGCAGCAGCCUUCUUUGCUAACUAACCAUGUAACGCUGGCCACUGCUCAGCCUCUGAAUGUUGGUGUUGCCCAUGUUGUCAGACAACAACAAUCUAGUUCCCUCCCUUCAAAGAAGAAUAAGCAAUCUGCUCCAGUCUCAUCCAAAUCCUCUCUGGAAGUUCUGCCUUCCCAAGUUUAUUCUCUGGUUGGCAGCAGUCCGCUGCGUACCACAUCUUCUUACAAUUCUCUCGUCCCUGUCCAAGAUCAGCACCAGCCAAUCAUCAUUCCAGACACCCCCAGUCCUCCUGUGAGCGUCAUCACUAUCCGCAGUGACACUGAUGAGGAAGAGGACAACAAAUAUAAGCCCAACAGCUCGAGCCUGAAGGCGAGGUCUAAUGUCAUCAGUUAUGUUACUGUCAAUGAUUCUCCAGACUCUGACUCUUCCCUGAGCAGCCCGUAUUCCACGGACACUCUAAGUGCUCUCCGGGGCAACAGUGGGUCACUUCUGGAAGGACCUGGCAGAACUGCCACAGACGGCACUGGCACCCGGACCAUCAUUGUGCCUCCACUGAAAACUCAACUUGGCGACUGCACUGUAGCAACCCAGACCUCAGGUCUCCUUAGCAGUAAGACCAAGCCAGUGGCCUCAGUGAGUGGGCAAUCAUCUGGAUGCUGUAUCACCCCCACAGGGUACCGAGCUCAACGAGGGGGCACCAGCGCAGUGCAGCCACUCAACCUUAGCCAGAACCAGCAGUCAUCGUCAGCUCCAACCUCGCAGGAAAGAAGCAGCAACCCUGCUCCCCGCAGACAGCAGGCAUUUGUGGCCCCACUCUCCCAAGCCCCCUACGCCUUCCAGCAUGGCAGCCCACUGCACUCGACGGGGCACCCACACUUGGCCCCAGCCCCUGCUCACCUGCCAAGCCAGCCUCACCUGUAUACGUAUGCUGCUCCUACUUCUGCCGCUGCACUUGGUUCCACAAGUUCCAUUGCUCAUCUUUUCUCCCCGCAGGGCUCCUCAAGGCAUGCUGCAGCUUAUACCACCCACCCUAGCACUCUGGUGCACCAGGUUCCUGUCAGUGUUGGGCCUAGCCUCCUCACUUCUGCCAGCGUGGCCCCUGCUCAGUACCAACACCAGUUUGCUACUCAGUCCUACAUUGGGUCUUCCCGAGGCUCAACAAUUUACACUGGAUACCCGCUGAGUCCUACCAAGAUCAGUCAGUAUUCUUAUUUGUAGUUGAUGAGCACCAGGGAGGCUUUCAUGGCUGCCUGCUCCUGGCCCUGAGUUCUUAAUGGGCUCAUAAACACCUCCAUUGUCUUCUUAUGGAGGUUCCUAGCCCGCAGCUUGUUCUGCAGGGCCCACUGGAGCAGAAGGCUUUGCUCUCGGUGUUGACUGCUUUGUUGUCAUCUCCCAAGUCUGCCCUGUUUUUUAAUUCUUUAUUCUUGUGACAGCAUUUUUGGACUUUGGAAGAGCUGAGAAGCCCAUCUUCUGCAGUCACCAAGGAAGAAAGAUCAUUCUGAUGUUAUCCUCUGACAUACAUUUAGUCUCUUUAACUUUAUUUCUAUAAAUGCUUUUAAAACAAGUGAAGCGUUUCUUUACUUAACUUUGUUUUAUUAAGAUUGCUGGUCAGAGGAAAAAUACUAAUAGAAAGAUUUGAAAUGUAACAGAUGAGAAAAGUCAUUACUUUUUGUUUGUUUAAAAACCAAGACUUCUUGCCUUUUAUUUUACAAGCAGCCUUUUCAAGGCUGUACUUCUGUCAUUUUUACUCAAAAAUUGGUCUUUGCUAAUGGCAUAUUGAAACUUAAAGUGAUUUAGUUUUUUUUUUCAUGUUGUAUUUCAUUAUUGGGCAAUUAUUACUACUUUUGGCAAAAGUGGCUAAGUAUUGAAAUGUUUGCAGUUGCUUCUGUGUUCGUUGCAGAGUAAUGUUAAAAAAGGCAGCCCACCACUUUCUGAACCUCGGUGUGAGAGGGCCUAUGUCCACCAAGGAUUCUUUUUCAACGAAGCACCAUAAAUUCUUUCUUGGAUUAUUUUUUAAAGUCCUCCUCUCUAUGGUUCAACUUAAUUCUUAAAUUCUACUAGAAAAGCCAGUGAAAUGUGCAUGGUGGAUUUUUUGUUUUGUUUUGUUUUGCAUACAAUAGUAUGAAGAAUCUCUCUCUAGGAAGAGAUACUGGCACUGGUGAGCUUUGCCCAAGAUUUCUAUGAAUUUUCAAUAACACACCUCUGUGUUUUUCUCAUCUCUUCCUUCUGUUUCAUGUGACUUAUCUGAGGGGAAAGCUAAAGAACUAAAAUCAGAUAAGUUGUGUAUAGCUUUUAUACUUUCAAGUAGCUUCCUUUGUAUGCCAACAGCAAAUUGAAUGCUCUCUUACUAAGACUUAUAUAAUAAGUGCAUGUAGGAACUGCAAAAAAUAUUUUAAAAGUUUAUUACUGAAUUUAAAGAUAUUUUAGAAGUUUUGUAAUGGUGGUGUUUUAAUAUUUUGCAUAAUUAAAUAUGUACAUAUUGAUUAGAAAAAUAUAACAAUUUUUCCUCUAACCCAAAAUGUUAUUUGUAAUCGACUGUGUAGUGAUUACACUUGAAUUGUGUAUUUAGUGUGUAUCUGAUCCUCCAGUGUUACCCCGGAGAUGGAUUAUGUCUCCAUUGUAUUUAAACCAAAAUGAACUGAUACUUGUUGGAAUGUAUGUGAACUAAUUGCAAUUAUAUUAGAGCAUAUUACUGUAGUGCUGAGUGAGCAGGGGCAUUGCCUGCAAGGAGAGGAGACCCUUGGGAUUGUUUUGCACAGGUGUGUCUGGUGAGGAGUUGUUCAGUGUGUGUCUUUUCCUUCCUCUACUCCUCUCUUCCCUUAUUGUAGUGCCUUAUAUGAUAAUGUAGUGGUUAAUAGAGUUUACAGUGAGCUUGCCUUAGGAUGGACCAGCAAGCCCCAGAGGACCCCACGCUGUUCACUGGGAUUUAACAGAACAGGUUUAGUAGCUGUGUUGUGUAAAUGCAUUGUUCUCAGUCUCCCUGCCAACAGAGAAAAAUAAAACAGCAGCCUUCCUUCUUUACUGCCACUUCUGUCCCGUUUCAUUUUGGAUCCUUAGCUCAGUUCUCAUGGAAGCAUUCCCCUAUGUGGCUCUCUCUCUGUGCCUUGCUACCUGGCUUCCGUAAGAGUUCAGGGAGCAGGGGAGACAGUGAAGCCAGUACUAAAUAUGCAUAUUUGAAAGUACGUGCAAUCACUUAGGAUGGGAUUUCUUUUUCUCUUUUCCCAUGCAGUAGACCUUCCUGUGCAUAGGUGACAUUACUAGUAAACUAGUAAACAUUACUAGUAAACUUGUUUUUUUUUUUAAAAGGAUGUAACAGAUGUGUUUAUACCAAAGAGCCUGUUGUAAUGCUUAACAUGUCCCCAUAUUAUGAGGAGGCUUUUGUAGAAACCACUGGUGACAAGAAGCUCACAGAAAGGCUUCUGAAUCAGUGAAGAAUAUUAAAUAGAAACCAAAGCCUCUUGAAUCACCAAGGUUUUUGAGGUUUCUUUGUAACAACAUGUACAUUCUUGGGGCCCUUCAAGCUGUGAGAUUGUCCUAGUAUUCAACUCCUCCAUGGAUUAGGGUCAGGUUGAAGGUACUGGGGAUGAGGACAUCCCUGCCCAUGAAGGAUUGGCAGGGAGAAGGUUAACCCUGAGCUACAGAUGUGUUCCACCUGAAUCGAAGAUUACAUUUGAGUAAUAAGUCUGGGAUUGGUUCUGUAAGGAGAUGGUGUCAGGAAGGUGCAGGAUGGAGAUGGGAGAUUUCAUGGAGCCUGGUCAGCAAUCUCUGAACCGGGUGAAACAUCGAGGAGCUGUCAGCGAAUUUGGAGUUUCUUCAUCAUGGGGAGUAGGGGUUUCCAGGACGGGGCAGGUAGUCAGUACAGCCUGCCAGGAACAUGGUGUAUUUUCUGUCUGUUCUUUAGUUAUCAUAUUAAGCUGUACAUUCAGCAGUCUGUUGUUGAGACAACCACGCGUUCGUGUAGUUUGUCACUAGUGUUAAACAGUGUAAGUCAGUGUGUGUGAUUUUUGUGCCUCCUUUUCCCCCAAGCAUUCUGGUCUUCUUGUUUAAAUACAGUUCUGGUUUCUAAUCGGAACAUUUUUGUACUUUAUAUUUCCUCUCUACAAGGGACAAAAUUUAUUGGUUUUAUAGGAAUGAGAUGCAGGGGGAAAAACAGACCAACCCCCAGCCUGUCCCUCAUCCAAUAAGCAGUUACUGAAGAUGGGUGUCUUCAAUCCACGGGAAAAGAGAACGCCUAAGUGUUCACAUCAUCGCCUUUAACAUCUGGCUAGCAGUGUGACUUGACAGGCUUUGAGGUUGUCAGUCUGCUGAGUGUGUAUGCUGGAUGUGGUUUUACAUCCAUUCUGUCCCGGGGCUUAAACAUUGACUGUCUGCCCUGCUGGCAUGGAAGGAAGCCCCAUGAAUAUAGUGAGCCUCUGACCUGGGUCAGUAUUGCCUGACCUUGGACUAGCUUAAGGCUUUAAACCCUCUUUUAGAACUUGCAUUUCCAGCUUCUCCCUUUCCAGAUGAGAGGAAUUGGAAAGGGUUCCUAGAGCCACCCAGGCACACCAGGACGCAUAAUCACUCCAGAGUUCCCAGUCUCUCGUUGGAGCUCGUUGUCAGGUUCCGCUGAGAUGCCAAACCCAGGAAGAAGCACCCCAUUUCAAACAAUUCUGGCCAUUCGGAGCCUGCCUUUGUGGUUGCUCAUCCACCAUCCUCCACUAGAGGGGCUUAGCUCGACUGCCCUUCGCCAGGCAAGCACAGAAACGUGUGCUUUAUUCUGCAUUAUUUAUUAUGCAGAGAUCUAUUAGUUGAGAUGGUUUGUUUUAGGAUAGGAAAUGAAGUUGCCUCUCAGUGACAGGAAUGGCCAAGCCUGCUUUGUAUUUUGACUUUUUUUUUUUAACUGAUGGAUGGUGCAGCAUGUCUCCAUGUCUCCAUGGUUGUGUUGCUAAACUUUAUAUAAUGUGUGGUUUCAAUUGAGCUUGAAAAAUAAUCUCACUAUAUGUAGCAGUACAUUAUAUGUACAUUAUAUGUAAUGUUAGUAUUUCUGCUUUGAAUCCUUGAUAUUGCAAUGGAAUUCCUACUUUAUUAAAUGUAUUUGAUAUGCUAGUUACUGUGUGUGAUUUAAACUUGUUUUGUUUUGUUUUCCCUUUCCUGGUUGUGUGCUUCCUUUUACAACAAGCUUCUAGAAACAGGUAGUUCUGAGAAUUACUGAGCUUUGUUUGUAAUGCAGGUGUACUUAGGGAGUAUGUAAAAUAAUCAUUUUAACAAAAGAAAUAGCUAUUUAAAAUUUAAUACUAACUAUGGGAAAAGGGUCCAUUGUGUAAAACAUAGUUUAUCUUUGGAUUCAAUGUCUGUCUUUGGUUUUACAAAGUAGCUUGUAUUUUCAGUAUUUUCUACAUAAUAUGGUAAAAAAGUAGAGCAAUUGCAAUGCAUCAAUAAAAUGGGUAAAUUUUC